UACCUUGAACAGUGAUUGAAAAUGACUUCAAUUAAUUGACUGAUGGAAUGAAGCAAAGGGGUUUGGAGCAUAUAUAAAUAUGCCACAAGCACUAACCCAAAGCGCCAUAGAAUUUGGAAGACAAACAUUACAAAGCGUCAUAUACACAAAGCUUUUGCUUCUCUUUUUUCUCACAUGAAUUGGGGUGUCAUGGCAGGCCAUUUGGGUUGGGGUAUAAUAGAAGAAGAGGGCUGGAGGAAGGGUCCUUGGACUGCUGAGGAAGAUAGAUUGCUUAUUGAGUAUGUCAGGCUGCAUGGUGAAGGAAGAUGGAACUCUGUUGCUAGGCUUGCAGGGUUAAAAAGGAAUGGGAAGAGCUGUAGAUUGAGGUGGGUGAAUUAUUUGAGACCAGACCUCAAGAGGGGGCAGAUAACCCCUCAUGAGGAGAGCAUAAUUCUAGAGCUGCAUGCGAGGUGGGGAAACAGGUGGUCCACAAUUGCAAGAAGCUUGCCAGGAAGAACUGACAAUGAGAUCAAGAACUACUGGAGGACCCAUUUCAAGAAAAAGGCCAAAGCCCCUUCUGAUGCCUCUGAGAAGGCAAAAACUCGCCUGCUGAGGAGGCAACAAUUUCAUCAGCAGCAGCAACAACAGCAGCAACAGCAGCAGCAGCAACACGAACAGCAACAACUACUACUGAAUCAAGUGGACAUCAAAAGGAUCAUGGCCUUGCUCGAUGAAAAUGACCAUAAGGCCACUUCCCUAGUACCUCAAGUGAGGCAAGAAAUGGACAGUUCGUUGACCGUGUAUCCCAACACAUCUGAGGAGCAAAGCUAUUUUUACUCCUUGCUCAACAGCAAUGUGCCUGAGGCCUCAAACGAGGACAUCAUAUGGGAUGGACUGUGGAUGGAUGACGAUGUCCAUGGCAAUUUCAAUGCAGCCAGUGCCACAGCCAAAGCUAGUCUACACAAUCUACUUCCCUUCUGUUAAAAUUUGACCAGUUUUCAAUUUUACUUGCCCUCUAUAACAAGUUGUCAUCAAAUUAUGAGAAGGCUCUUAACUAGGAGCUUGCUUCGGUUUGACAAACAUGUCUCAAGUACUUCGGGUUGUUAAUGAUGCAAUCCGGGACCAAACCAUUAUGUAUUUUGUCAAUAAAACUGGUCCAAAAAUGACGCGUGUAACAUUUUAACUUCAUGUAGGGUUGCUUUACUUGUUGUCCAUUAUUAGACAAGCUCUUGGGAAACUUUCAUAUAUUAAAUAUCAGCAUUUUUUUUUGGAGUUGUAUUGAAAUAUAGAUAUAAAAUUAUAUAAGUUAA